AUGGAAUCGUCUAUACCAGUAGUGGACUUCAGCCAAAUGAGCGUGGAGAAAGUAACAGAAGACUACUCUCCAGAAAGCAUACAACAGAUGGCUCAUGAAAUACACCGGGCGUUCAGCACAAUGGGGUUUGUUUACCUGAAAAAUCAUGGCAUCCCACAAGAAAAGGUGAGAGAAUUUACAGAAAAAUCAUUUUAGCUCGAUCCCCUAGCUACAAGUACCUGACCUAUUUCAUUCAUCGGUCCCUCCCCGGCUGGGUGUUCCCCCCCCGGGGGGGGGGGGGUACUCCCAUAUAUGGGCUAUAUAGGUACGUGCCGCGAAAUAGGGUAUGGUUUUUGAGGUUCUCGGUCCUUAAAUAGGGUAUCUUUUUUGACCAUUUUGUUUCUGUGUCCCUGGUGUGGUCCUGUGUCAUUUUUCGGCAUUGGGCCUUAAAAAGGGUAUCAGUUUUCGCUUUCUUAGUCCUUAAAUAGGGUUAGGGUUCACGAACCUUCGCGGCACACCCCUAUCCAAAAUUCGUGGGAGUACCCCCCCCGGGGUUCACCACCAGUGACAAGACUGCAACAGGUUACCAUCUUGAUUUUACAGGGUGUCAGAAAUCUAGGGACAAGAUUGGGUACCACUGCCUGUUGUGUUCUGAUCCCCUUUGCAAGGUGACAACAUUAUUUUGAAACUCAACAAGUAAAACCUGUAUUAAGCAGACACCCUUGGGGAAUGCAGUAGUGUCCGCUUCAUACAGGGUGUCUGCCUAAUACAGGUUUCGAUAGAUAACGUCAUAUGAGGUGUCAAUAAAAUGCCAUUCAAAUGAACAGUGGAAACAUUUAGAAUACUCCCAGAGACUAUGACGAUAUACGUUUGCAUUAAUUUCUUUAUCAAAGUGGACCAGUUGAUCAUAGUACCAUAAACAUAGAUUGCAACUCAAAUUUGAAGAAAUCAGAUGAGUGAAACAAGCUCUAUACAAACAAAACGAAAUAGAAAACAAUACUGUACUGUGAAACUAAUAAAUUAAGUAAGUCACGUUUUUUAAUGUAAAAAUCGAAAAUGUGGGUGGCAAUUCGAAGCAAUCUUUCACAUUUCCGUUGUCUGGCAUGCAUGUUGGGUGGUGGAAUUUAAUUAAAAGUGUCCCCUUAAUUAUACAGGUUAGCAACCCAGGGGCGGGUGGGACUCUGCAUAUGAAAGGGAGGGGAUGCUCGUCGUCUUGAUUAGGGGUGUAAAUUUCAGAUUUUGGUCUCACUUAGGGUGUUCUGGGCAAAACGCCACCAUAUUUAGCUGUGAAGGUCUCGUUUAGGGUGUUGCACGUGAAAAAGUAUGAAAAUAUGCGUAUUGACUGACUCUUUUAGGGGUCAAAAAAAGCUGGGGCUUUGCCCAGAUCGGUCUCUUUUAGGGGUUUAAUUCAAAAUUUCCGACAAGCAUCCCCACCCCUUUGAUAUGCGGAGUCCCCCCCCCCCCCCCCCGGGGAUUGGAAACAAUAGAAAUGACCAUUUCAGGUACUUUUUAGGUGCCGGCGUAUGCUUAAUAGAGGUGUUCGCUAAACAAAGAUUUCAUUUAAAGAAAAUAAGGGACAUGAAUUUGGGGACUUUGCCUACUGUCCGCUCAAUAGAGGGUGUCUGCUUAAUAUGGUGUCCGCUUAAUACAGGUUUCACUGUAGGGGGAUUGUUAACUGUCUACCCCCUCCACCCAUUCUUAAGAUUUUCUGAAGGGCUGGACAGGGCUAGGGCCUGGGGUAUUUAUCUCUGAGGGGUUAAAUGUAGGUGACACUCUUUGCAAACUCACUGAAAACCUUCGCUUAUAAGAACUCUUAAGUACAGUCAACUUUUUCUUAAAAGAUAUGGUGAACACCUAGCCCUAAAAUGAACACUUAGAUUUGGUCCCUGCCAUUCAGCAUGGAGAUCUCUAAGAAGGAGAUCCCCAUACUAACAAUACUAUAUAAGGAAUUGCAUGCAGUAAGGACUUGACAGGGGUUACAUAGGAUCAUGAAAUAAAAAUUGGAAAGACUCUCUCAUUAUAUUUUGAAGAUUGAUGGUAUUUUCAAGUUAAGUGAUGACUUUUUUCAACUGGAUGAUGAAGCCAAGCAGGCAUAUGCUCGUCCUGCCAGUGGAAGUGACCAUGGAUGGGUUGCCUUUGAAAGAGAAAAGUAUUAAUAUUAUUGUUACUGUGUGACAAUUUGACAUUUUUGUGGGAGUUCUUCAAUGAGGGGUAUAGAAUGGUACCCUGAAAAACAUGGGUUUUGGAAAAUUUUGGCCCAAUCUCGAAAUCUCGACAUUUAAAAUAAGCAUCUCGGAAUCUCAGGCUGGCUAAAAAUUGACUCAUCUUGGGGUCUCAAAUUUAGCUGGCAAAUUUAGUUUAAACACCAUGAAACACAGACACCGAUAUAUAUACCGUUAACAGCAGUAAAUAACUAACAAAAUUAUGGCACAUAAUGAAUGGGAGCCUUAUUCAUUGCCACACCACUUAUUCUUAACCAUGAGCUUGAUACAGGCAAUGGCUAAGAACUUCAUUGGUACCAUUACCUCGAAAUCUUCAGCACUUAGAGUCUUGGGCUGGGAUUUUUUAAGAAUUAAGUCUCGGCCUCGGAUUUGAUAAAAAGCCCUAACUCUUGGUCUUGAAUUUUUAAACCAGAGUUUUGUGGUCUCGCAAAGUCUCGAAUUUACCAUUCUAUACCCCUCCAAUGAUUUCUUUUAUUAUAAUCUCUCUCCAAAGUAAAAAAUCUAAGAUUUACUCCUUUUUUACUGUUCAGUUAUGUGUGAUGCCAAAGUGAUGUGAUUUGAUUAUAACUUGUAAAACCUCAAAGAAAUAAAGCUGCAAAAACCACCAGAAAGGUGUAUUUAUGUACUUUCCAAUCUCAUAAGUAAUUAUUAUUAUAAUGGCUGUUUUUUUCUCUUCAAUGGCUUCAAAAUCUAUAAUUAAAGAACAUAAAUAUUAUAUUCCACAUAGAAUAAAAUUAUGCCAAGGUCAAACAGAAAAAGACUGUUUGAUUGAGUGAUUGAUUGAUUGAUUUUUGGCAGAGUAAGUGCUGAUAGGCCAGCAGAUUACAAGGAAGCCUUCAACAUUACAGAACCACAUAAUGAACAGCAAGUGAGUUGAUUUUUUCAACAUUUGAAUGACUUGCUUAGUUUAGAGUUCUAUCUUUUUGUAAGAAUUUAAAUCAUUGGUAAGCAUUAAUUUUCAUGCCCUGCCACUCAACUGUUUCUUUUUAAUGCAUAUAAUUAUCAUUUUUGUUUAAGGAAAGAUAAUAAAGGAUGUAUUUUUGUAUGUAUAUAAUGAGUAGGUUGUGGCCCUGUUAUCUUUAACACUCUUAUAUAUGCUGCAUCAAUUUUUGACAGAGGAGGUCAGUGAAGGACCAACCCAGGUGGCGGGUGUGGCGGGUUGGGGUACAGGGACAGCACUCAUUUAGACCUUAUAUAGUGAUGGGUCUAGGUCUUGAAAAACCUUUUUUUUACUUCAUGGUUCUCCAGGGAGCUUUGCAAAAGAAUGUUUCUCUACUGAAAUUAAUCCCUUAAUCAUUUUUUCAUGCAACGAAAAUGGCACUGGCUUAUAUCUUUUCUCCUGCAUGGGAAAAGUCCUUAUUUAGCUGUUAUCAAUAAUGUUUUUGAUCUGUAGCAUUUUUGUCUUUUUUUUAUCACAGGGGCUCUUUUUAAUCCCUAAAAACCACCCGAUAUAAUUUUCUUAGGAUACUUUAUUUUUCUCAAGGUUUGGCCAGAUGAUAAGGUACCGAGUUUUCAGAGUAAGAUAGCAUCAUUUUUUAAAAUUUGUGGUGACUUGUCCUUACGAAUACUCCAUGUCAUGGCCCUUGGACUGCAGCUCAAGGUAAAUUGCUUUUUAUGUCCCCAAGCAUUUUUAUGUGAAUAGCAUUUUCAAGGGUAGCAUAUACAUUUGAACCUCUCCACGACAGUCACCUAAUGGGGAAAAAAGAACAUGGCCAUUGUAGAGAGGUUUUAACCAGAGUCAAUUUAUGGACUGUCUGCCAAAAAAGGGUGACCAUUGUAGAGGGGUGGCCAUUGGUGGAGGUUCAACUGUAUGCACAUUUUGUGGUGGAUUAAAUUGCUCAAAGAGCAAGGGUGGUGCAUUGAUAAGAGCACUCGCCUCCCACCAAUGUGGCCCUGGUUCUAAUCCUGGUGUUGACGCUAUAUGUGGGUUGAGUUUAUUGUUGUUUUUUUCCUUUGCUCCUGGAGGUUUUUCUCUGGGUACUCCGGUUUCCCCUCUCCUCAAAAAUCAACAUUUCCUAAUUCCAAAUUCUACUUCGACCAGAAAUGGUAAACAAAGAACCACUACAAGGAUGUGCUACCUCUAAAUCAUUAUUUGACUGCACUUUUUUAGUUGUCAUUUAACUGCUCAUUAAGGUCGGGUGGCCGUUGCAUAUACUACAUAAUUCUUCUUUUUAAUGCAGGAUCCAGAAACAUUCACGAGCACUCACAAAGUUAUGGAGUCAACAAAGAAUUGCACCACAUUACGUUUGUUGAACUAUCCUGUCAUUUCUAAAGAAGCUGUUUUUAAACCAGGACAGAUUCGCUGUGGAGAGCACACCGACUAUGGCUCCAUCACGCUGCUUUUCCAAGAUGAUAUGCCUGGACUAGAGGUAUUGUAGUAACCUUUUCCUCUCCCAAGUCAGUCGUGGAGAAUGAAACUGUAGGUUAAACCUUUGGUGCACUUUUGUGGUCGAAAUCUGUUGGAGGGUUUGUGUACAAAAAGUGGACAACCUAACCUUGGGAUAUUACGUAGCAUCAAAACAUUAUACGUGCUGCCUUUUUUACAUUGCCCGGAACUAAAGGGCGAUUCAGUAUCGCUGGUUUAUCUAGAAUGGAAAGAAAGGAAGAGCCUUUCGGAUACUUGGUUUUUAGUUCAUGUAGACAGCUGAUGGUAUAGUUACUAGAAGUAUAAUUUGCACUCCAUUAACCAGUUGUGUUUCACUCGACAGGUCUUACCUCUUGGAUGUACUGAAUACAUACCCGCCCCGCCCUUUCCUGGAGCAAUUAUCGUCAAUGUUGCAGACCUCAUGCAGAGAUGGACAGCUGAUAGGCUUAAAUCAACAGUAAGCCCGUUACGUGCUCUUUAAAACUUAUCCUGAGUACAAUCGUCAACUUCUACUACUGCUACCUCUGCAACGGCCACUUUUUAGCCAUAGUGGACAGUCUUUACAUUCACCAGAGGGCGUAGCUAGGAUUUUUCCAGUCGUACGCACACUGUUUCACACCAACCGUAUUCCGUCUCCCAAAAAUCAUUAGGGAGCUUAAGUAAAGCGACGGCGACGGCAACGAGAACGGAAAAAAAAGCAAUAGGUUUAGAUUAGCUAAACAACAACUUUGCACAUGCAUCAAGAUUUGUUUGUACAUUUCGUUGCCGUCAAUGCACGACUACAACGUGAAAGUGCCUAAUUUCACGUUUUGGCGAGGACGGGAACAGAAGACAACAACUUUCUUUUUCUUUUCCUUUACAGUCCUUUAGAAUUCAACUCCAAAAAACUUUUCCGACAUUUGGCGAAUUAAACGAGAUAGAAUAAGCGUCAUAAAGUUUAAAGCAGCCAUCAUUCACUUUUUAAGUGACGUUUUCGUAGCCGUCUUAAUUUGGGUCGACCUAAGUUAAGAUCGUCCGUUGGGUCAGACGUGGAACUUAGGACGCGUCGAACCGAUCAACUGAAUCAGACCAAAAAGCAAUUUUAAUAAAUUUUUCCCCGACCGAAGCUAAAUAUACCAGAAGCAUAUACGUCUGAAUAUACUCAUUAUGACAUUAUCAUACAUACCGUAAAAUUCCGAAAAUAAGCCCCUCCAAAUAUAAGCCCCCCGAACUGGUAACGCAAAAAACCCUUCGUUAAAUCGCCCCUCCAAAUAUAAGCCCCCCGGGGGCUUGUCCUUGGAAAAUUGCCCUCAAAUACAAAGUAAAACAAAGCAAAAACGUUAAGUUUACUUCCAACUAUAAGCCCUAGCCCCUCCGAAUAUAAGCCCCUCAAAAAGGGCCUUUGAAAAAUAUAAGCCCCGGGCCUUAUUUUCGGAAUUUUACGGUAUCAUACAUUUGCCCCGGAGACGAUCUUCAGACGUUCUGUCCGUCUGAAGCAGGCCAAGCUUCGAACUUUUCAUGAGACGAACCAAACUUGGUGAGCUAAGUUCAACGUUUGGCCUGGGCGUAAGCUUGCAAAAACUACAACUAAGGCCUCUUCCGCACGCAUCCGGAUAUUUUUGAAAAAGGCGCUUUUUUUUUUUGAAACACGAUGUGUCUAGCUUAUCGCUGAGUCUUAGUGUAAUAAUAGCUGUUUUUUUUUUUUUGUUGAAUCGGUCUCCAACAAAAAAAAAAGGAGAAAGAGGUAGGUGGGGAAAAAAAAAAACGUGGUUAAAAAAAAGGCGGAAGGAGGGGGAGGGGGGGGGGGGGGGGGGGGGGCAAUACUGUGUAGAUAUGUUUAAAUUAUUAUUAUUAUUAUUAUUAUUAUUAUUAUUAUUAUUAUUGUUGUUGUUAGUCUAUUCUGUGGCCAAUUAUAGACCCCAUCUUAGUCACUUUUGGGCAAAUAUGUAGUUUUCGCGAUCCCAACUUAGUCACUUUCUGUUUUUAUGAACGGAACAAUUUUUUCGAUUGAAUGGAGAACACUUUACUUUUCAUCGGCAGCACAAACAUUCUGGUACGUUUGCUAACCGUAAAUAUAAGGAACUGUCUUACACCAAGAAAUCCGAAAAUGUGCGACCCCAUUCUAGUAACUCUAUUGAAAAUGCGACACCAUUAUAGUACAAACAUUAACCACAAGGGACUGCAAAGGACCGCAAACGAAUAUGCCGCAGAACGUAGGAUCUAUAGUCAAUCUAGUCGUGAAAAUGCGCACCCAUCCCCAGCGGCACAUCCCCAUUAGCCUGUUAUAAGGAAGUACCCACCCCCCCCGCCCCCGGGGGACGGUCGAAAACGGAGGUUUUCGGAUACGAUGAUGUCAUAUAUCAUAUGCAGUAAACACCGGCAUAUAAGAACAAAUAGAUUAAAAACAUCAGGCUGAAAUUUGGCGCAUAAAACACCAUAUAUAUAAGAACCAGUUCAGCCUGAUAAAUAAUACAUGUUCUUAUAUGAUAAGGGAGAGGGUGUCCGAAUAAGAAAACAACGUAACUAUGGUUGCUGCUAGGCAAUUACAAUUGUUGCUAGACAAAUAUAAUCAUUUUACUUAUUGAUUAACUGAUUUGUUUACUUUCUUACUUAUUUAUUGAUAAUGAAAUAAGCUAACUAAACCUCUAGUAACAUGUUAUGUGUAGUAUUUCUGAAACAAAGUUUAAGAACAUAAUUAUUAAGAACAUCUUCAGGCUGAUUUCUCAGUAAGCAUGGGAUAAAUAAGAACUAAAUCAGCCUGAACCCUGAAAUCACGUGUUUUUAUAUGCGGGUGUUUCCUGUAUUACUACAGAGGCUCCUGUUGGAGCUCCUGACUACUAGCGUUACGCGUGCUCUGUAAGGAAUGCUAUCGUAUUUCUAGCGUUUUAGCGUUUUCAUCUGGACGGGCGAAAACGAUUUAAAUACGCUACGUGCGGACGCGUAUUUUUUGAGAACAAAGAAAAUAAUCUCCGUUUUCAAAAAUAUCCGAAUACGACAGGGCCUCACUGGUGACUGUUGUAGCCUUGUAUACACCUUUUACAUGCUAAAUACAUCGAAUGCGAAAAAAAUCCGCCCAUAAUGACAUCACUAUUAACGUUACUUUGUGUUCCGUCUCUUUUUCAGCGUCACCGUGUUUCUAUCCCAGAAGAGGAGUGGCACAGACGAGUUCCUCGACGCUCUCUGGCCUUUUUUGUACAUCCCGACGAUGACACCAUAAUAAAGUGUCUAGAUGGGUCUGAGAAGUACCCCUCAAUAACGGCCUAUGAUUACCAAUGGGAGAGACUAAAUGCAACUUAUGAAUACGAAUAA